UUCAAUUCACUUUGACCACAUUAUCACUGUUGUCUGUUUACUGUUAGUGUAACUUCAUGCUUUAAUGCACGGACUCAUGAAAAAUUAUUUCCAAGGGGAUCAACAUGCAUGCAAUGCAAGGCAUAAGGUUAAAGUUUCCACUUCAAGAAUGAUAUCUUUCUCUAUAAUAUUACACACUGAAGCGUUGAAUCAUUUAAAAGCCCUUUGUUUUGCUAAUUUGGAUGACUUUGACCACAUCAGCACUAUUGUCUAUUUACUGGUGUCAUUUAAUGCUGAAAUGAACUGAUUUGUGAAAAAGUGUUUACAAGGUGUUGAACAUGCAUGCAACUAAAGCUUGGAUUUCUACUUUAGCCAUGACAACAUCUUUCCGUGUAAUAUGCAGGGUUGAAUCAUUUAAUCCACAGGUGUCAUAUUCAGACUCCGAAAACUUUAUUUAAACUCAGGGGCCCAGAUCCGGCCAUUGUUUUAUGUAUCGUACCAAAACAAAUCAUGUGUCUCUACUCCAUGUGUCUUGGGGGGAAAAAAAAUGUCCCAAAAUAGCAAAUUGUCUUCAUUUUUAAUAGUAUUGAUAUAGUGCAAGCAUUUUUUGUGACCCAAUUGAACAAUAGUUGAACAAACUUUUUUUUAAAAUGUUCAUUGACUUUUGAUUUUAAAAGUAGUUAUGGAUCCGUCAAUUUAUUAUGUGUAUGUAAUAAUAUGGCGGCACGGUAGCCGACUGGUUAGCACAUCUGCCUCAAAGUUCUGAGGACCGGGGUUCAAAUCCCAGCCCCGCCUGUAUGGAGUUUGCAUGUUCUCCUCGAGCCAGUGUGGGUUUUCUCCGGGCACUCCGGUUUCCUCCCACAUCCCAAAAACAUUCAUGGUAGGUUGAUUAAGGCCUCUAAAUUGCCCGUAGGUGUGAAUGUGUGCGCGAAUGGUUGUUUGUUUAUAUGUGCCCUGCGAUUGGCUGGCAACCAGUUCAAGGUGUACCCCGGCUCUUGCCCGAAGAAAGAUGGGAUAGGCUCCAGCACGCCCGCGACCCUAGUGAGGAUAAGCUAAACGGAAGAUGAAUGAAUAUGAUGCCUUCCUUGAUAGAAGAGAAGGAAGACAUUAACACCGCAGAGUGUCAUGUGACAUGUCAGACAUGCAAAAAAGGUUGAUAACAUUCCAUUCUGGCUUCCAUGUUGCGCUCAAGCUGCUUCCUGACGAAGACGGCUGUUGUUAUCUCAAAGGGCAAAGUGUCACAGUCUCCUAUGAGACACGACAAGUGAGCUGCAGAUUUCUUAACAAAAGUUUGGUAGCCUUUCGCACAUGAUGGCGUCCACGGUGUCACCUGUACCCCGUGCCAUUUUUGCCCCCUCUCCGCCCCCACUUCUGGACUUCGCUCUGGGUGCCUUGGCCUGCUGCGCGGCCUGUGUCUUCACCAACCCUUUAGAAGUGGUAAAGACCCGUCUGCAGCUUCAGGGAGAGCUGCGAGCGCGGGGCACCUACCAGAGGCACUACCGUGGGGUCUUGCAGGCCCUUUGGGUGGUGGGCCGUACAGACGGGCUCCGGGGUCUUCAGAAGGGGCUCUCUGUCGGUUUGAUCUACCAGGGGGUUAUGAACGGCGUGAGGCUGGGCUCCUAUUCUUACUGUGAAGCUCUGGGCAUCACGUCUUACCACGGAGGAAGUGUCCUAUCAGGGGCGGGGGCCGGGGCGCUUGGAGCAUUCAUUGCCUCUCCUGCUUAUCUGGUGAAGACACAUCUGCAGGCUCAAACAGUAGAAGCAAUAGCCGUGGGCCAUCAGCAUAACCAUGUGGGAGUGUCUGAUGCCUUUGUUACCAUCUAUAGAAAAGAGGGAUUCAUUGGACUCUGGAGGGGUGUGAAUGGGGCCGUGCCUCGCGUCAUGGUUGGUUCAGCUACUCAACUGGCAAUCUUCACCUCGGCCAAGGAGUGGGUGUUACAUUCCCAGUGUUUUAGUCCCGGAGCCAACUGGGUUGUGGCUUUGAUAGCGGCCAGCAUCAGCGGAGUUGCUGUGGCGAUCACCAUGACACCCUUUGAUGUCAUCAGUACGCGGCUCUACAACCAGCCGGUGGAUGAGUUUCACAGGGGACGUCUCUACAACGGUUUUUCGGACUGUAUGCUGAAGGUCUGUCGAGCUGAAGGCCUGCUCGGUCUGUACAAAGGCAUGGGCCCAGUGUUUCUGCGCUUGGCUCCACACACAGUCCUCAGCAUGCUCUUCUGGGAUCUGAUGAGGCAACACGCUGUGAAAAACAGGCAGACCCACGGGCAGGGCUGAAUCCACCCAAGUACACGCGCCAAGCAUUGCAACAUUGUCUAGACACUGAACUUGUAACUCAGAACAACUGUCCAAGGAAGGAAGGAUUAACAAAGAACUGCUUGACCAACAAUGAACUGUCAAACGCUUGAAGUGUUUUGUGGCCACUCUGAAUGUUAAUAAGUGAAUAGUAACACAGUUACAGCAAUCCCCAAGUUCUUCAUAUCCUGGCCAAAUUUUGUCUUUACGUGUUUUUAAAAUUUGUUGAAUGGGUAUCUUUCAGCUAGAAAUGACACAAAGUAUCAAAUGACUUAAAGACCUUGUAGAGUGAGUUCAGAGAUUUGUUUCUGAAUAAUUACACGCUUGAAGAUCAUUUUUGAAAAUGUGCAAAGACUGAGAACUAGGAUUCACUUGUGGAGAUGUACUGUUAAACUGCUUUUGUCAACAUUUCAGAUUUCCUGAUUUCCCUUUCCUGAUAUCCCUUCCGAUACUCCACUGGCGCGGCUCUUUCAGAGUGCCUCGUCGUCUGUGAGUGUGCGCAUGUCACACAGAAUGAGGAACGAGCGAGGCGUGGGAAAAAAAAAAAGUCCAACUAAGUCCAGCGUGUGGACAGGGGCUUUUACGCUGGUGUGGCAGCUUUAGAGCGCCUUGUUGUUGUGGUGUGGGAAAGCCCUGUGAUGACCUGGUGAGAUAUAUUCCAGCCACUGGAGGCUUGAAGAGACUCAAACUUGUAGUUACAUGUAAGCUUAAGAAAGAUGCCUAGCAGCUCGAUGAAGUAGCAUCCAUUUUUCCAGGUCGUAGAAAAAUGGUAUUUGAUUGACAGUUGAGCAGGGCAUGGUUUCAGCACAUUCAGCAGUCACGCCCACAGCGUUUGAGAGAGGUGACAACGGCUUGGUUUUUCACAAUUUUUAAGCCUCAUUUUAUAUACUUGGUGAUUUGUAUAAAACUUAAAAAAUUGGGAGGGUUGUGAACAAAAACUCUUUUGUGUGGUGUGUCACAUUUACAAGACAAUUAUUUUGACUUUAAAGAAGUUGCGUGAAUAGAUAUUGAUGCAAAUAUAUACAUUUGAAUUAAUUUUGAUAAUUCACAUGCAUAAUUUUUUAGGAAACAAUGGUUUUCGAAAGGAUCUUGACAAUCUCUGCAUAAUUAUAAUCCAAUCUAACCUCAAAUCUAAUAUAAUUAUAAUCAACUAUAUUGUACAUGAUAGAGUAUGGAAUUAUUUUGGAUAUAGAAUGUAUUGUCAAAGUGUAAGAGAUUCACUUUAACUCAAAAUGUGUCCAGAUUUUAAAUAGAUUUGGCCUCAAAUACAUUUGAUUCCGAAAGCACAUAAAUAUAAAGGUCUGUACUGUGAAUAAAAACAUUCUGUAUUACCUGACAUUUUAUGUGUGCUA